AUGAAAGUUCAUAUAAGCGCAAAUGAAGUGCUAUACUACAAUCAGUCGUCCGUGAAGUUAGGGGAGUUCGAAAGAUACAUAAUUACAUAUGAACUAUACCAAGGCGAUGGUAUUCCCGCUGACAUCAAACUAGAUUCCCUAUGGGUAAAAAUUAAAAAUACGACAAAGCUAUCCUAUAAAGCAGCCUAUCUGUUGGGGCCAUUCAUCCUAUACUGUGACGUGCGAGCAAAAGACUACGAAAGCUCGUAUAAGAUCAUAUCUUCGGCGGAUAAACCUGUAUUCCAGUCAAAUCUACAGGCGCAACAAAAAUUUGUUUCAGAGUUGUCCUUGCAUCACAUCAAGCCACGUUAUGUGUGGAUAGUGGAUGUUGUCAGUCAGAUACUUUUUAAUAGGGAAACUAAGGUAAAUUUUGGGAUAUUAAUUGGCAAUUCGAAGGCCUCUUUAAAAAAGAAAAUACGAUGUGAUCGUGCAUUGCCUGAUAAAAUCUGCAACACUUUACUCUCAGGAUUGUCUGUGCAAAGACUAACCACUGCCGAUAUAUGGAAAGUACCGCCACUCAUAGGCAUAUCCCAAAAGUCGCACUUAGUCAUUCUCACACAUGGUUUCCAAUCAAACGUUUCAGCAGAUAUGGAAUACAUAAUGGAAGAAAUAUACAAGUCUCAAAUGAAUAAUUCAAAUGAACGUCUAGUUAUCAAAGGAUAUGCGAAGAAUGUCUGUGAAACUGAGAAGGGCAUCAAGUUUUUGGGCGUUGGAUUGGCAAACUACAUCAUCGACGAGCUAUAUGAUGACUCUGUUGAGAAGAUUUCAUUUAUUGGUCAUUCCUUGGGCGGAUUGACACAAACUUUUGCUAUUUGUUACAUAAAUACCAUACAUCCAGAUUUCUUUAAGAAAGUGGAGCCAAUUAAUUUUAUCUCACUGGCGUCACCGUUGCUAGGCAUCGCUACCAGCACGCCUAAUUACGUAAAAAUGUCAUUAUCAAUGGGUAUCAUUGGCACUACAGGACAAGAAUUGGGACUUAAAGACGCGAAUUAUGGUGAUAAGCCGCUUCUUUACCUGCUAUCUGAGGAAUCCUUAAUCAAUGUGCUUGCUCGAUUCAAAAGGCGAACGCUCUAUGCUAAUGCCGUCAAUGACGGAAUAGUUCCUUUGUAUUCGUCUUCUUUGCUUUUUUUAGACUACUCUCAAUUACUCCAUAAAUUGAGAGGGCAAACUACAGCCCCCUGUGAUCCUCUCUUGCAGCCUGAAGUAAAUUCAGGGGAGAAUCUUACAAAUCACAGCGAUGAUUAUAAUGAUGACAAUGAAAUCAACACAUCAUCAUGGAACACGUUUUGGAAGACCAAGGGAAAUGACUGCGACAAGAAAUCUAAACGCUUAAUGAACGCUUCCGUCAUUAAAUCCAUGAAAUCUGUGGUGCUAACACCAUGCCCUGAUGCCAACUUCCUCUCAAACCCUGAUGAAAGGGUCGCAACAAUCAUACAUGAUAAGAUCUACUCAGAGAAGAAUUUACCUCCUCCAUCACCAACACUUUACGAAGGAAUAGCAGCCCAGGGAGGUGAAACGAGGAAGACGAGAAAAGAGAUGGAAGAAAUCAUAGCACGACGUUGGCACAAGGGGAUGCAUUGGAGGAAAGUCGUGGUAUCGCUGAAACCGGAUGCCCAUAACAACAUCAUCGUAAGACGAAGGUUUGCCAACGCUUACGGCUGGCCGGUGAUCGACCAUCUUGUUACCGCUCACUUCCAAAGAGACGAUUCAGACGCUUUACCAGUGCAAGAUAAACAGUCUUCUGAAGAAGAUACAAACAUAGCAACUGGCGGUGUGGAGCCAAAUAAGUUCUUCUCAUGGCUGACCAAGAUCGAGGACCCUAGUGCAUACCGUGGGGGGAUAGUCUCCACCGCUAGCCACCUCGCCAGCUCCUGGAUUAGCAAGCAUUCCUCCGUGAAAGAUUGA